UUUUUUUUUUUUGACGGCGAGUAUUAUUCACCCAAGGGAGUAUGGAGUUUACCUGCGCCGAGCUACCUAGCGACCUACAAGGUUAUUUUAAAAUCCUCGCGGAGGAUUACCGACGGGCGAUUAACCCGGAAAACCAGCGCAGCGCCGUGGAGGUGGCGGUAUUGACUCUGGAGGACGAGGACAGUGUGUUAGAGCGCCCCGGUGUUCGUCGCCUCUAUGAGCGAUUGUGCGCAAGGCUCGAUGAGUUAAGCAACGCGCUCCGCACCACACCAGCCCCCACGCCGCCCGCUCGGAUUACGCCAGCCCCGGGCGCACCGCCGAUGGUUUCGGUUUCCUCCUCCCAGCCCCGUCGGACCGUCGUGUCUGCACCAACCUGCCCAGCUCCAUGUUUGCUCCGCUGGGAGGACUCCCUGCACUCAUGCGGUCCCCAGUCUCCAGUCCAGUCGCGAGCUGUUCAGUCUCCAGUCCAGCCGCGAGCUGUUCAGUCUCCAGUCCAGCCGUGUUUUGCCCAGGCUCCAGUUCAGCCGUGUUUUGCCCAGUCUCCAGUUCAGCUGUGUUUUGCUCAGUCUCCAGUUCAGCCGUGUUUUGCUCAGUCUCCAGUUCAGCCGUGUUUUGCUCAGUCUCCAGUUCAGCUGUGUUUUGCCCAGUCUCCAGUUCAGCCGUGUUUUGCCCAGUCUCCAGUUCAGCCGUGUUUUGCCCAGUCUCCAGUUCAGCCAUGCUCCGCUCAGGCUCCAGUCGCAGUUCAGCCUCGCCACGCUCAGGUUUUAGUGCAGCCCUGUCACGCUCAGGUUCCAGCCCCAGCCCAGCCGAGCCCAGUUCGGGCUCUAGCCCCGUUCCAGUCGAGCCCAGUCCAGUCGAGCCCAGUCCAGUCGAGCCCAGUCCAGGUUUCAGCCCAGUCGAGCCCAGUCCAGGCUUCACGUGAAACUGUUCUUCGCUUCCACACCAAAAACAGUGCAUACAACGUUGACCUCCCCCAGCCUGCUGGCAGACGAAACACCUCCUUGGAGCACGAGAAGGAGGGUAGGUGUAUUGGUGGUUCGGGUACUGAUGCUGCACUGGGGCUGGUACCGGGACCUGGACAGGAUGGCCUCCUAAUUGCAGGUGGAGCAUAG